UUUUUCCUCUAUACUUUACUUGUUUUGGCACGAUGUGCAUACAUAGUUGAUACAGUUGUAGCAUCUCCUUAGUUUUCCGAUCAGUUCGACUCCGGACUGCAGCCACCACUACCAGUGAGCAGGUGAAGACCAAUCAUCAACAUCAUUACUACCAUGAUUACCUGUAAAUAAUUGGUCGAUUCACGCUGGCCAGCUCGGCUGGGAGUGUGUGAUGGCUGAUGCAUGGCGAGGUUUUUUUAGCUUUGCGGUCCUGCUAUUCGCGCCAGGAUUCUGACGUGCUUGUAGCGUCCGUGGAAUAACGUAAAAGCAGCGGUAUCUUGAGCGACUUAUCAAAGCUGAUGAUCCGAAGAGCUAGAGUCUGAGGUGAGAAGCCAACGUGCUCAAACAUCAUCGUUCUGGAGCUAGCACAAUGGGGGUGUCCGGCACUUUCUCAGCGCCGGAGACCUUUCUCUGUCAACAAUAGCGCGCAGCUUGAGUGGCGUGCGGAGCACGACAGAGUCCGAAUAAAUCCCAGAGUCCUUGGUCAGGAUGCGAUUAGUCUUGCGUUCUGUUGUCGGCAUUCAUCGUUACGUUAGUUGUUGUUCAACGUUCAUCGAUGUUCGGUGUUCGUUGUGGGUAUUCUGCUGUUGUUUUCCGUUCUUACCGGUUUGCCAGUCGGUCCUGUCUUGGACAUCAUCCUGCCAAUAACACCCGGUACCAGUACCAUACUGUACCAGUGUACCGCCAUACCGUACCGGUACGCGCGGUAUACUGGCGUUUCGUCGUACAUCGUAAUACCGUACCGUACACCGUACCGUUCGGUUGUCGCUUCCAUCCGUCCCGGUCACCGGAUAAAACCUCUGUCGGAGAAGAAUCUUACCCACUCUAGGUCAAUGAUGUCGUCAGCUGUUAAACAUGUGUUUGCCCUCAUCUCUGGCAUGGCAGUUAUUUUGGCGAUGGUGCCUGGGAACGUAGUGCACGGUGAAGUCACCCCUAAUAUCCCAGGAUUGCCUUCACCUACUCGAGCAAUGCCAUCACUGGAGACAACACCACCGACAAUGGCCCCAACUGAAAGUAGUCAUAAAAGUAGUCUUGCAAGUCCCACCGGAACAACGGCUGCCGCAAGCCCAGUUCCGAUGAGUGUUAACUCAACCCCGGAUGACCGCACAGGCAUGAUGCUUGUUAACUCAACCCCGGAUGAUCGCAAGCUGUGGACAUCAUCAGCACCGGGCAAACAGUUGCUGGUUCACACAAGCCGGGCACCAUCUCGUGACAGGCCCACAAACUGGGCACAACACGCUGAUAACGGACGUGAUAGGAGGAAUGAAGUCAUCUUGAUUGCAAUCCUCAUCGUUGUCAUCAUCAUAGUCCUCCUGCAGUCAAUCCACUUCUAUUGCCACUGGCGGCGAAGGAGUGAACGUCUAUCCUUUGACGUGGAUCCUGAUUUACUGCGUUUCCGGAGCAAGCACACGACACCCCUUCCGUAUGGCACAAGAUCAACGGAUCGCCAUGAUUCCAUCAGCUCAAUAGAGAAGAUUCCCAGCUAAAUGCCGCAUCAGAAACAGACUUACGUUAACUCGGGCAUCUUCCGUCUAGUUCCCAAACGAAAGUGCAACGUUACGUGAUAACAACAUGCAAAGCCACGCCAACACUCAACUCUUCAUAUCAUGUAGUUGUUGGUUGGCAAAGACACCAUCUCUGGCAGUUCUGCUUUUUGUUUUCCACUGUCUCAUCCCUGUCAUAAUCUCUUGUUAGCAGAGCGUCACGGUUGUUGUUGUUUUCUUUAUUUGAAUUCGCUAAAACCAAACGGACAGAACUGUCCAGUGACUAGGGAGCGAAUGAUGAGCGUCAUAAUCACUAUGCAUCAAAACAUCUCAGCUAGGGCAAAAUGAGACAGACUAUAUUAAAGGAGGGUUUGCACAACACUUGUACAUAAAGGGGAGUACGAGAACGAAGUCGCGGCAGAAGUCGAAGCAAGAAAGGUUACAUGCUAACAUCUGCGUCCUCGGUUUACAUUCGUACUGUGUCUUAGCACUCGGUGGUUGUGAAGCCGGCCAUGAUGCCUGAGAACUAUGAGUCAGUCUCUUUUGUGUUUACUCAGUACUAUCCAGGCCUCCCUACCUUAGCCCUCCGUAGAACAAUCCUCUCAUCUUGUACAUUGUGCCCUGAUCCCCAUCUAGCCGUGGUGUUCAUUGUUCACAAUCAUGACCACGGGUGUUGAGAAGCUGAACCAUGCUCCAAUUGUUUGUCGCUGUAUGUCCCAAUAGUCGGGGCCAAUACCCAAUCACGGUAAGAACAGUUCUGCUCCUGUGCACGGGAAUUGUACUCUCCGUAUAUAGAACUAGUUCUCUUACUCCUUUUUCGUAGCGCAAUCCUAGAUUGGCUAGGGUACCCCGUAAGGAGACCAUAGGUCUGUGGGGACUGCCCUAGAGAAACAAUUAUGAAUAAAUACUAUACUAUACUACUUUAACCUGUUUCUUUCUCUUUCGUGUUUAUUUCUUCUUCUUUGUUCCUUGGAUAGCACUUGAAGUAAUAUUUUGUGUGGCAGUGCUGCCGAUCCAUCAAGCUGAAAACUGAGAAAUAAAUAGAACAGUACAAAAUUA